AUGUCUCGUCGCCGUGCUUCCCAUAGCGAACCAAUGGGCUUAUCAUCCGCGAUGAACGAGGCGUUUGCCUAUCCAUUCUCUGGAACGCAACAGAACAAUGCUCCACCACGACGGGGUCCGAUCGAGGGACCCAACGGACGAAGGUUGAUUCGUAGAGUCACCUGGCGAUCCUCCACAUACAAAUUGAUGGCUUGUCUGUGGGUGUUGGGCGUCUUCUAUAUUGUCUGGCUCAUCCGAGACAUCUUCUAUUUGCCUUUCACCCCUUCGCAGAAGGGCCCCAUUCGCCAUGAAUCUCAAACCGAUUUACUGGCUCAUUAUGUGGGCCGACGUGAGUGCGGCAUCUCUUCAUUGUCCCUCUACAACACCCCGUCAACCGGCGAUGGACGAGCAUCCAACCCAGCGUACUGCUCAACCCGAGAUGAACUGCUAAGUGCCAUGAGCAAUGGUGGUCGUCAUGGGUUCGAUGCUGCGUACACCUCCCAAGGCAACAACCAACCCUUCGUGACCCUCCGGCUGACUCGCCGUCCAGAUUGUGCCUAUCGUUGGUACUCCAGCUCUGAAGUGUGUGAAAUCCUGCAGAGAUUCGAUGGGAUUGUCUUUGUGGGAGAUGAUGCCCUAGCCGACGCCUAUGCGGGGUUCAACAUCCUUCUGCGGCAGAAUCUCGCGACCGGCUCUCUUAGAGACUGGGAAAUGGACAAGGACUUGAGCCAGAGAUGUCGAUGCGAGUCCCAAUUCACCCAAGCAGCGUGUCUAUCCAUGCGUAUUACCUCGAGUGACCAAGUUGAUGCACAAAGCGGUGGCCCCGCCUUCCGGGCCCCAUACUCGUGCCCCUCCCGUGCAUCUCAUGCUUUCCUCUCCACCGAUGGUUCCACGGCCUCCAAGAGUGCCCGCGACCACUUCCGCCGCCUGACAGGAAGAGCCGCGGACCGAAGAAAGCCCGUCCCCGUGAUCUUGAGCCUCUCGCUUUCGACAUCAUACUCUCUACCGGCAGCCCAGAAGAGCAUGGAUGAAUGGCUCUCCAUGGCCAAGGCGACCAAACAAAACACCCCUUUCCUUUGGCUCGGUCCCACCGCCCCUGGCCUCCGGAAGGACGCUAGGGACAACAUCCACGCUUCCAGCUGGCAGUAUUCGCAAGACACUAUCAAGGAAGCCCGUGCCCGAGGCAUGGAUGCCCUGGGAUUGUAUAAUGCGACGCUGCAGGCCGAGAGUUGGGACGGAAAGCACUACGGUGAGCAAGUCGCUCUGGUGCAAGCGAUGAUGAUCAUCAACUGGCUUUCAACCUUCUAA